AUGUCGUGGGAGGAUUUCGAUGAAGACCAAUUGGCUGAAAUGCCGGAAGAAGGGCAAACUACUGCGACCCUGAACACUCUUGUUGCCGAGAAGAAAGAGGACGUCACCAUCAGUAACAAAGAGCUGAAACAAAAGAAGGCUGAGAACAAGGUAGAGGAGAAACAGUAUGUGGAUCCAUUGGCUGGAUUGUCUGAAGAGGACAAGGCUGCUGCUUUGAAGCGCAAACAAGUCGAAACAGACGCGCAAAGUGCGAAAAAGUUGUACGCGGAGUUGGACGAGACAAAGCAGCUUGAAACGAUGUCUGUAGUAACUGACAAAGAUUUCAUGAAAUUUGGGCAAUUACUUGGGAUCAAGGGGCACAGUCUUUACACUGAAAAAUCGAAACAGUUCAAGUUGUUAGUGAAAGAGUGUUUGAGAGAAUUGACAAUCGACAUGAACAGUAUUGAAGUCAAGGAAAUCGCGUCGUACGCCGACGUUCUUUUCAACCAAAAAAUUCAACUUGAGAAAGAGGAGAAAAAGAAGCGCAAGCCGACGAAGAAGGCACUUCCUAAAGCGACUCUUGGGAAGAAGGGGAAUGAAGUGAUGGAUGAUGGGGAUGAUGAUGUACCUGCUUAUGAAGAUCUUGAUGACGAUUUUAUGUAA